AAUUGUAUUUAUUUUUAACAAUUGGCGUCAGCGUCUGUUUCGUUUGGUGCUUGCGUGCGCGCGUGUGUUAAUUAAACUUGUAUUUGUUUUUUCCACCAUUUUGCUAAUGCUGCUAUUUUGAAGUAAUUAACUCACUAAGAGUGACUCGCUGCAGUUGUAUAGACGCCGCCGGCAGCGGCGCACGUACAGUCGAAUAGCGAGCGUCGUUCAAUACACAACGCGUUUGUUGUUUGCUUUUGGAUUCGUGCAUUAAUGUGUGCGUGUGUGUAUGUGUGUGCUUAAUACAAUAUAUUCUUGGUAAAUUUCCACUGCGCACCGAUAGCAUCAGCGAUGGUAUUGACAAAUUUUGAGUGCUGGGCACAUGGUGAAUCUGCGUCUGUCAAUUUCGAAACUGGACCGCCGGCGCGCCAUUCACCUGUGGUGGACCCAUUCAACGCACGUGUCGUCUCACACAUUGCAACCGCAUCGAAUGGGUACUAUGGCUAUGCCAUUGUAAACAAUGCAGUUGCCGCUUCGGACGACAACAAUAACAGCUGCAGCAACAACAACGUGCAGGCAAUGCAAAUGCAAGUGAACGACAACAUUGGGAAUGACACUACGCACGCCGCUGCCGCAACAGCCCGCUGCAAGAAGCGCUGCUUUGCAAUGGGACACGAAAAGUUGGACAUGGAGAUGGACAACUUGGCGGCCGUCAAGCGAUGCCGUUUUGAUGAUGCCGAUCUGGUAGCUCAGUAUUGCAACGACUUCUUUUCGCUGCCUGCCACACAAAUGAUUGGCACGCAGGCCUGCCUAAUGGACUACGAUAAUGACGUGCAACAGCAGCAUCCGCAGCAGCAGACGCAACAGCAGCAGCCGCAGCAUCAGCAGUCAGCGCAGCAGCAGCAGCAGCAGAUGUUGCAUCCACGCAUACAUCAACAUUAUCAAGACGGCCAACGACAUCAACCACAAAAAUUAUGCAAUACCUUAGAGUCCCUAAAUGAUAAACUAGAGGCUAAAAGUGAAUCCAAACAGACAGAUGAGGCAGCCGAUUUGUAUAUAGCCACACAUGGCGGUUGUCUUCAUCACUUCAAUGAUGCGGCCGAAGAGUUUGAGAUCUAACCUUAAUUGUUGUGUGAAUCACUAUAUAUGUAUACCUAUAUAGUAGCUUAACUAACCAUAAUGCAUUGUAUAACGUAGUCUAAGUAGAUAGUAAGACUUUGAACAUAACACGAACUGGAUUCUAAUGCAAGUCCCAAAUGCAAACGGUGCUUACAUUUAUUUAAAUGAAGUGUAAUAAAAGCUUUAAGCCCAAAAACAAAUAUAAUCAACA